AGCCAAAACUCAAAGUUACUAACUUAAACUUGGCAUAUCCUUUAGAAAACAAAACUACUAUUUUCCUUAACUUCUCAAACACCCAAGAAAACAUUUUCAGUUAUAUCCUAAAACCCACCCCAAAACCCUUUUUUCCUCAAAAUGGCCCCAGAGAUUUCCGUAAACACGCUCAGUAUAUCCGAGAAGGUACAUCAAGCACCUUCAAAGAGAGCUUACGUGACGUUUUUGGCAGGUGAUGGGGACUACGUGAAGGGAGUCGUGGGAUUAGCAAAGGGUUUGCGUAAGGUCAAAAGUGCUUACCCUCUUGUUGUUGCUAUGUUACCUGAUGUGCCUGAGGAACAUAGGGAGAUCUUGAGGUCUCAAGGCUGUGUCCUGCGUGAGAUUGAUCCUGUUCAUCCUCCAGACAACCAAGUUGAGUUUGCUAUGGCGUAUUAUGUUCUCAACUACUCAAAGUUGCGUAUUUGGAAUUUUGAAGAGUACAGCAAGAUUAUGUAUCUGGAUGCAGAUAUUCAAGUCUUUGACAAUAUCGAUAACCUCUUUGAUUUGCCUGAUGGGUAUUUCCAUGCCGUGAUGGAUUGUUUCUGUGAGAAAACAUGGAGCCACUCGCCGCAGUAUUCCAUUGGGUAUUGUCAACAGUGCCCGGAGAAGGUCACGUGGCCGGAAGAUAUGGAAUCUCCACCACCUCCUCUGUAUUUCAACGCUGGUAUGUUUGUGUUUGAGCCUAGCCCCUUGACUUACGAGAGCCUCCUUCAAACCCUAGAGACCACACCACCUUCACCUUUUGCAGAACAAGAUUUUCUCAAUAUGUUUUUUGAGAAAGUGUACAAACCGAUCCCUCUGGUUUACAAUCUUGUUCUUGCUAUGCUUUGGCGUCACCCUGAGAACGUGGAGCUGGAGAAAGUCAGGGUUGUCCACUACUGUGCAGCUGGAUCCAAGCCAUGGAGGUACACAGGAGAAGAAGCUAACAUGGACAGAGAAGACAUCAAGAUGUUAGUUGAUAAAUGGUGGGAUGUAUAUAACGAUGAAUCACUCGAUUUCAAGUCGAAAAUCCCUGUAGAUAUGGAAGAGACCGUUACAAAAUCUACCAUCCUAGCUUCGGUACUCGAACCGGAAAUGACCUACAUUCCUGCACCUUCCGCUGCUUGAGAUGGUCUAGAAAUAAAGUGCAAAAAGACUUGGCAUGUUCCUCUAUCUAUUUUCUUUUGAUAUAUAUGUAUACAUAGUUUGAAAUAGUAUAAGCAGAAAUAGAAACCCUUGCGCGUUGAAAUUACAGUUCUCAGGUUCCCUUUCUCGACCCGAGACGUUAUGAAAUAGUAUAUGCUAGUGUGUAAGGUGUUAACCUAUAAGGAAUUGGAGUAUUUGUAUUGCUGUAUCUAUGUGAAGCUUUGCUAAAGAUAUAUUUACUAUUGGUGUUCUAAUUUC